UAAUAAUAAUGAUAAAGAAGAAGAAGAAUUAACUGAACAACCAAAAAAACCCGUCACAGAAUCAACAACAUUAUUAAAUAAGAAUCUUUCUCAAACAUAUGGUACUCAAUCAACUAAUGAACGUAGUAAAUAUCUUCCAAAUAAUGGUUAUAAUUCUCAUGGAUCAUCAAUAACAACAAAAUCUUCAUCAGAUAAUAGUGGAAGUAUACGUACAAAUUCUGGUUCAGAUAAUGAUGAAGAAUCUGAUGAAGAACCUUAUACUACUAAUUCAACACCAUUAAAUGAUCAUCAUACAACAUCAUCAAAGACCAUAAACAAAUCAAAUGAUAUUCGUUAUUCAUAUUCAAAUGAACAAACUAGUUAUCAAUCAGAACGAUCGUAUGCUAUUCGUUCGGAACAAAUUGGUAAUAAUGAUGAACAUCAUUUACAAGUACCUCGCCUUAAACAAGCUCCUAAUGAUGAUCAAAACCGCAAUAAUAAUAAUAAUAAUAAUAAUAAAUUAAAUUCCGGUACUGAUCACAAUAUACUUCCUUAUACAUCAAAAUGGCCUUUACAACAAUCAUCUAAUAAUCAAACAAAUACUCUAUCAUCAUCUAGUCAUCAAAAUCGAAAUCUUAUCGAACGUCAAGAUCAGCAACAACAACAACAAAAUCAUUCCAAUUUAUCACGUAAUAAUUCUCGUCAACAUCAAACUCGUACAGCAAAAAAACGAAAACAAUCUCAACAACAAGAAAUCAUUCGAACAGAAUUAAUUCCAGGACAUCGUGGUGAUCGUGAUGUAGAUGAACUUGUCAUGUUUAUUGAUGGUAAUACAUCAAAACAACGACAAAAUUCAUCUUCUUUACAUUCAAAUGAUAUCAAUAAAACAAAAAAUAAUUCUCUAAAUAAUGAUUCAAAUAGUAAUAAAACAACAUCUAGAAAAAAAUCUCGAAAAUCAAUUAAAAAUCUUCAACAAUCAUUAUCAUCAACAACAACUAAUAAUGAAAAUGAAAUAUCAACUGAACAAAGUAUUCAAUCAGAAAAUUUCAUUGAUAAAGAUAAUCAAACAACACAUUCGUCUACUAUAAAUUUAACAGAUCAAUCAUCCGAUCAUACAAAUAUACCUAAGACUAAUAAUAGCAACAACAAUGAUGAAUCCCAUUUAAAUCCUAUCAAAAUUAAUUCGACAAAUACAACUAAUGGUAAAUCUUCUUUACCAAAUUGGUUUGAACAAACUCGGAAUACUUCAAUAGAAAAUGAUGAUAUUGAUUCGUAUUGUUUAUCGCCAACAAUAACAAAUAAUUUGAACAGUGAAAUUAUUUCGGAACCAUUUGUAACUGUAACACAUCGUCGUCGUUUAACAAAAGAACGUCGUCAAGAUAAUAAUUCCACAUUACGUUCAUCACGUAUUCCACCACCGCCAUCAUCAUCGUCUUCUAAUAUUAAUGAUAAACGACGUAUUUUACCUACAUCACAUAAUGGAAUUCAACGUCCAAUAAUACGUAAUCAUUUUUCAAAUAAUAGACCAGUUAAUUCUUCAAUACCUGUGGAAGAAAAUACUUCUAAACAAAAUAAUAAUAAUAAUAAUUCAACUCAUUCGGAAUCUAUUUCAAAUCAAUCAUCGAUACAAACUGAACAAUCAUCGUCGUCAACCGUUGUAAAUCCUAUCAAUGAUCAUUCGAUAGAAAAACAACAAUUAUCUCCUCGUCUAUCAUCUCAUUCAUCUUCAUCGUCUUUAUCAUCGUUAAUAAAACGACAAUCAAAACCUCCACCGGUUGUUUUUCUAAAUAAAUCAAUCGAUAUUGAACUUAAUGAUGUAUCAUUUGGUUUUGAUCUCGAUACAACAGCAUUAAAUAAAUCAUCGGAUGAAAUUAAUGAUAAUAAUAAUAAUAAUAAUAAAUCAUUAACAAACGAAAACGAUCUUGAAUCUAUAAAUCCAUCAGUUGAAUCUAUUCCAUCCACUGAUACAAUAACAGAAAAAACAACUCGUAAAUUUCAACAACGAAAUAAUAAUCGUGGUCCACAAUUUUAUUCAGGUUCUGAUAUUCGUCCACAUCAACAUCGUAAUUAUCAACCACAAUCACCUUAUAAUAUUGAUCCUCUUUUACUUUUACAAUACAAUCAACGUGUAGCAAAUUAUUCUCAACAAUUAGCUUAUAUGAAUUUAUUACGAACACAAUAUAUGACUCAACAAUCUUCAUAUGUUUAUCUUUCAAAUGCCUAUACGACGACACCAACAGCAGCAACAGUACCACCACCACCACAAACAACAAAUGAAACUGACGCUGAUGAUGAAACAAAUCAAACAUCAUCUGAGCCAAUACCUGAACCAUUACUUGUUUAUGCAACACCAACAGGACAAUAUUAUUUUCAACCUGCAUCAACUAAAAAUGAUUCUGAACAUCAACACCAACAACAACAGCAAGCAACUCCUAUGCCAACCGUAUAUACAACAACACCAACUAUGUAUCCAUCACAUUAUUUUUAUCCUCCACAAGCACAACAUUUACUUACAUCACAUCCAGCUUAUUUUCAACCAAUACCUUCCACAUCAUUAUUAAUUAAUACAAAAUCAGAACAAAAUGAUAUUGAUGAUGUUAUUAUUAAUGAUGAUGAUUAUGAAAAAUCAACAAAAUUAUAUCUUUCAACACGACAACAAUCAUCAUCAGAUAUAAUGUCGAAUGCUUUACAACUUGUUUAUAGUCAACAAAAACGAAAUGCUCAAACAGAUCGUUUUAAUCUUGAUGAUUUAACUGCUUAUUUAGCUAUGAAAUGGACAGAUACCGUUGAUCAUUAUGAGCAAGGCGACAAUCGAAUAUUAUUAGUUGAUGAACAAUCAUAA